AUGGACUUCGACAAGGACGAGAACAUCUCGUUCGAGACGUCCAAGGGCGUGAACGUCGUCAACACGUUCGACGCCAUGGGCAUCCGGGAAGAUCUCCUCCGCGGGCUGUACUCCUACGGCUUCGAGAAGCCCUCCGCGAUCCAGCAGCGCGCGGUCAUGCCCAUCUGCAGCGGCCGCGACGUCAUCGCGCAAGCUCAGUCCGGCACCGGGAAGUCCUCCAUGAUCUCCCUCGCGCUGUGCCAGAUGCUGGACACGUCCACGAGGGAGGUGCAAGCGCUCGUGCUGUCCCCGACGCGAGAGCUCGCGACGCAGACGGAAAAGGUGGCGCUGGCGCUGGGAAACUUCAUGUCCGUGCAAGUCCACGCGUGCAUCGGCGGGAGGUCCAUAGGCGAGGACAUCCGGAAGCUCGACCACGGCGUGCACAUCGUCAGCGGGACCCCGGGGAGGGUCUUCGACAUGAUCAAGCGGCGGAACCUGAGGACGCGGAACAUCAAGACGCUCAUCUUAGACGAGGCGGACGAGAUGCUCAACAAAGGGUUCAAAGAGCAGAUCUACGACGUGUAUCGGUACCUGCCCCCGGAGACGCAGGUCGUGCUCGUGUCCGCGACGUUGCCCGUGGAGGUGCUGGAGAUGACGACGAAGUUCAUGACGGACCCGAUCCGCAUUCUCGUGAAGCGCGACGAGCUCACGCUGGAGGGAAUCAAGCAAUUUUUCGUCGCGGUUGAGAAGGAGGAGUGGAAGUUCGACACGCUGUGCGAUCUGUACGACACUCUGACGAUCACACAGGCGGUGAUCUUCUGCAACACGAAGCGCAAGGUGGACUGGCUCACGGAGAAGAUGCGCGCGAAUAACUUCACCGUGAGCGCGAUGCACGGGGACAUGCCGCAGAAGGAGCGAGACGCGAUCAUGGGCGAAUUCCGCGGGGGGACGACGCGGGUGCUGAUAACCACGGACGUCUGGGCGCGCGGGAUCGACGUGCAGCAGGUGUCGCUCGUCAUCAACUACGAUUUGCCGAACAACCGCGAGAAUUACAUCCAUCGGAUCGGUCGCUCGGGGCGGUACGGGAGGAAGGGCGUCGCGAUCAACUUUGUCAAGGCGGACGACGUUCGCAUCUUACGCGACAUCGAGCAGUACUACAGCACGCAGAUCGACGAGAUGCCGAUGAACGUGGCGGAUCUGAUCUAAGUAACACAGUAUGUACUCGCGAUGGGCGUGUGCGUUCGCGCGAUUGUAAUUCAUCGAUUUGAUGAGAGAACUGGGGUCGUCGUCGCGUCAUUACAACCGACGCCGUUUGUCUCUCGCGUCUCCGCGUCGCUACUAAGUU